GGAGCAGACGGAGGAGACGUGAAGUCUGAGGCUGGUGAGUGUUCAGCAACAUUUAUAUUAUUCAUUCAUAUUAUUUUACUGUCACUGAUUCUGAGUCAGUUUUCUACUCGUGGACUUUAGAGAGAAGAAGAUUCAGGAUGAACUUCUGUCAGUCAAUCAACAGUUUGACUCGACGCUGUGAUUGGCAACACAUUAAACCUACAACUGUCUCAGGUUAGCGUGACAACAGGGACACAGUGUAGGAGCGUUUGUUCUAUUUGAAGAAACACUGAGUUUACUACCUGGCUUCAUUGUGUGAGUUUGAGUUCACAGUGUUUUUCACCUGAUCCCAGAGACAGAUGUGAACAGCAGGUCUGGAUCAAAGAGCCUUCAAAGGACUAAUUUACAGAGUUAACUCACGGUUUCACUUUUUAUCUUCAUCACAUCUGUUCAUCAAGUGUUUAAUAACACAACGUGUUUUCACAAUCAUACGGUACAGUCACCUGAAUGUGUGUGUGUGUGUGUGUGUGUGUUUGUGUGUGUGUGUGUGUAUGUGUGUGUGUGUGUAUGUGUGUGUGCAUGUGUAUGUGUGUGUGUUUUUCCCUGCUUGGUAUUUUUAGGAGUGUAUCUUGAACAGACUGGUUUGUCCUGAUUCCUUUGAGCUCGCAGUGUUUUUCCUCUUAGACUGAAGAUGAGUGGUUAUGAGGAGGAAGAGGACAGAGCAGAGUCUCCAGGGUUCAGAUGUGUUUCUCAGAAGAGUGACCGGUCCAUGGGAGAACCUCUACACUUCAGUAAAGAACCUGGACCCUCACACACAGAGGAGAGGAAGACGAGUCAUGUUUCUGAGGAGGAGCAGUCGUCCUGCUGUGCUUCGUGUCAGGACGUCCUGAAGGAUCUAGUCUCCACCAGCUGUGGACACUGGUUCUGCAGAGAGUGCAUCACCUCAUACUGGGACCAGUCGGGUUCUUCAGGAGACUGCUUGUGUCCCCAGUGUGGACAAAGAUCCAGAACAGGAGCUGGAGGUCAGACAGCCGGUCAGAGCAGCACUGUACAUGUGUCUGCUGAUGUCUUCACUUCUGACAACAGCACAUGUGGUUUUAUUUUGUUCCUUCAUACAGCAUCAACAUUUAACAUCGUUAGAAAAGCACAAAGUUAAAAAGCUUUUAUUUUCUGUAGUUUUUCUGUAUCUGAUGAAAACAAUCAACAGAUUCUCAGAUUCUCUGUCUCUCACGUUGUUUCUUGUCUUUCAGCAGAUCGUGGUCUGCAGGAGGUUUUAGAUGAACAUAAGCUCAGUGUGAGGACGAGAUGUGAACAAGUGACUGAACGACCUGAUGAAACAGGAAGUAGAACCCUCCUCAACAGGAUCUACACUGAGCUCUACAUCACAGAGGGACAGAGUGAAGAGGUUAAUACUCAACAUGAGGUGAGGCAGCUUGAGACUGCCUCCAAGAUGAAGAUCCUCCACAACAGUCCAAUCAAGGUCCACGACAUCUUUAAAGCCUCCACUGACCAGCAGAGCAGCAUCAGAGUCGUCCUGACCAACGGCGUCGCUGGCGUUGGAAAAACCUUCUCGGUGCAGAAGUUCACUCUGGACUGGGCAGAGGGUUUAGAGAACCAGGAUGUGGGUCUGCUGGCUGUGCUUUCGUUCAGGGAGCUGAACCUGGUGAAGGACCAGCAGCACAGUCUUCUCACGCUGCUCCAUGUUUUCCAUCCAGCGUUACAGAAGCUCACGGCAGAGACGCUCGCUGUCUGUAAACCUUUGUUCAUCUUUGACAGCCUGGAUGAAAGCAGACCUUCUCUGGACUUCAACCACAGGGAGCUUGUGUCUGAGGUCACACAGAGGUCAUCAGUCAACGUGCUGCUGACAAACCUCAUCCGGGGGAAUCUGCUUCCCUCGGCUCUCGUCUGGAUAACCUCCAGACCUGCGGCGGCCAAUCAGAUCCCUCCUGCAUGUGUUAACAGGUUCACAGAAGUACGAGGCUUCACUGACGCCCAGAAGGAGGAGUACUUCAGGAGGAGAUUCAGUGAUGAAGAGCUGUGCAGCAGAAUCAUCUCACACAUCAAGACGUCCAGGAGCCUCCACAUCAUGUGUCAACUCCCAGUCUUCUGCUGGAUCAGUGCUACAGUUCUGGAGCACAUGUUGACCACAGACCAGAGAGGAGAGCUGCCCAAGACCCUGACUGACCUGUACUCCCACUUCCUGCUGGUUCAGACAAAGAGGAAGAACAACAAGUACGGUGAGGGACAUGAGACGACUCCACAGCAGCUGAUGGAGGCUGACAGGGACGUUCUCCUGAAGCUGGGGAGACUGGCGCUUAAACAUCUGAAGGAAGGAAACAUCAUGUUCUACCAAGAAGAUCUGGACUUGUGUGGUCUCAAUGUCACAGAGGCCUUGGUGUACUCAGGAGUUUGUACUGAGAUCUUCAGAAGAGAGUGUGUGAUCUCUCAGAAAUCAAUCUACUGCUUUGUUCAUCUGAGCGUUCAGGAGUUUCUGGCUGCAGUCUACAUGUUCCACUGUUACACCGAGAGGAACACAGAAGAACUCAGCAACUUCUUGGGAACAGAUGGGGACACAGACAGUACCUUCUCCCUGGAUGACCUCCUGAUGAAUACCAUGAAGAAAUCCCUCACCAGUACAAAUGGUCAUCUGGACCUGUUUGUUCGCUUCCUUCACGGCCUCAGUCUGAAGUCCAACCAGAGAGUCUUAGUAGGCCUUCUGGGUCGGACAGGGAGCAAUCCAAAGAUCAUCAAGAGAAUCAUCAACAACCUGAAGAAGAUGAAGAGUGAUUACAUUUCUCCUGAAAGAAGCAUCAACUUCUUCCACUGUCUGAAUGAGAUGAACGACCACUCAGUUCAUCAGCAGAUGCAACAGUUCCUGAUGUCAGAGAACAAAUCGAAGGAGAAACUCUCUGAGAUCCAAUGCUCAGCUCUGGCCUACAUGCUGCAGAUGUCAGAGAAGGUUCUUGAUGAGUUGGACCUGGACAAGUUCAACACAUCAGACCAGGGUCGACGGAGACUGAUCCCAGCUGUGAGGAACUGCAGGAAGGCUCAACUCAUUGGUUGUCGACUCUCAGAGAGUCACUGGGGAGUCGUGGCCUCAGCUCUGAAGUCAGACCCCUCACAUCUGAGAGAACUGGAUCUGAGUAGAAACAUGCUGCAGGAUUCAGAAGUGAAGCUGCUGUGUUCUGGACUGGAGAGUCCAAACUGUCGACUGGAGACUCUGAGGUUGAAGAGCUGCAGACUGACAGAGAUCAGCUGUUCUUCUCUGGCUUCAGCUCUGAGGUCAAACCCCUCUCAUCUGAGAGAACUGGAUCUGAGUGACAACGAUCUGCAGGACUCAGGAUUGAAGGAGCUGCUUGAUCUAAAGCAGAGUUCAACCUGUCGACUGGAGACUCUGAGACUGAAGAUGAGUGGUUAUGAGGAGGAAGAGGAGAGAGCAGAGUCUCCAGGGUCCAGCUGUAUGUCUCUGAAAAGUGACACGUCCAAUGAUGAUCCUCUAAACUUCAGUAAUGAACCUGGACCCUCACACACACAAGGUCAGGACCACAGACUGAGAGCAGAGUCGUCAGGGUCCAGCUGUCUGUCUUUGUUGAGUGACUGGUCCAUGGACCCUCCGCCACUCUUCAGUAAUGAACCUGGACCCUCACACACAGAGUAAGAGACUGUUUCUACUGUGACCUGCUCUUGUCUUCACAGGGAGAGGAAGAGGAGUCAUGUUUCUGAGGAGGAGCAGUCGUCCUGCUGUGCUUCGUGUCAGGACGUCCUGAAGGAUCCAGUCUCCACCAGCUGUGGACACUGGUUCUGCAAACAGUGCAUCACCUCAUACUGGGACCAGUCUGGUUCUUCAGGACACUCCUCCUAUCCCCAGUGUGGACAGAGAUCCAGAACAGGAGCUGGAGCAGAUCAUGGUUUGCAGGAGGUUUUAGAUGAACAUAAGCUCAGUCUGAGGAGAUGUGAACAUGUGACUGAAGGAGCUGAUGAAACAGGAAGUAGAACCCUCCCCAACAGGAUCUACACUGAGCUCUACAUACACACAGAGGGACAGAGUGAAGAGGUUAAUACUCAACAUGAGGUGAGGCAGCUUGAGACGGCUUCCAAGAUGAAGAUCCUCCAUGACACUCCCAUCAAGGUCCACGACAUCUUUAAAGCCUCCACUGACCAGCAGAGCAGCAUCAGAGUCGUCCUGACCAACGGCGUCGCUGGCGUUGGAAAAACCUUCUCGGUGCAGAAGUUCACUCUGGACUGGGCAGAGGGUUUAGAAAACCAGGAUGUGGGUCUGCUGGCUGUGCUUUCGUUCAGGGAGCUGAACCUGGUGAAGGACCAGCAGCACAGUCUUCUCACGCUGCUCCGUGUUUUCCAUCCAGCGUUACAGAAGCUCACGGCAGAGACGCUCGCUGUCUGUAAACCUUUGUUCAUCUUUGACGGCCUGGAUGAAAGCAGACCUUCUCUGGACUUCAACCACAGGGAGCUUGUGUCUGAGGUCACACAGAGGUCAUCAGUCAACGUGCUGCUGACAAACCUCAUCGGGGGGAAACUGCUUCCCUCGGCUCUCGUCUGGAUAACCUCCAGACCUGCGGCGGCCAAUCAGAUCCCUCCUACAUGUGUUGACAGGGUCACAGAAGUACGAGGCUUCACUGAGGCCCAGAAGGAGGAGUACUUCAGGAGGAGAUUCAGUGAUGAAGAGCUGUGCAGAAGAAUCAUCUCACACAUCAAGACGUCCAGGAGCCUCCACAUCAUGUGUCAAAUCCCAGUCUUCUGCUGGAUCAGUGCUAUAGUUCUGGAGCACAUGUUGACCACAGACCAGAGAGGAGAGCUGCCCAAGACCCUGACUGAACUGUACUCACACUUCCUGCUGGUUCAGACAAAGAGGAAGAACAACAAGUACGGUGAGGGAAAUGAGACGACUCCACAGCAGCUGACAGAGGCUGACAGGAAAGUUCUCCUGAAGCUGGGGAGGCUGGCACUUAAACAUCUGAAGGAAGGAAACAUCAUGUUCUACCAAGAAGACCUGGAGCGGUGUGGUCUUAAUGUCACAGAGGCCUCGGUGUACUCAGGAGUUUGGACUGAGAUCUUCAGAAGAGAGUGUGUGAUCUUCCAGAAAUCAGUCUACUGCUUUGUUCAUCAGAGCGUUCAGGAGUUUCUGGCUGCAGUCUACAUGUUCUACUGUUACACCAAGAGGAACAGAAAAGAGCUCAACAACUUCUUGGGAACAUAUGGGGACAUAGACAGUAACUUCUCCCUGUGUGACCUCCUGAAGAGAACCAUGGAGAAAUCCCUCACCAGUACAAAUGGUCAUCUGGACCUGUUUGUUCGCUUCCUUCAUGGCCUCAGCCUGGAGUCCAACCAGAGAGUCUUGAAAGGCCUGCUGGAUCGGACAGGGAACAAUCUAAAGAUCAUCCAGAGAGCCUUAGGAUUCCUGCUGGGUCGGAGAGGGAACAAUCCAAAGAUCAUCCAGAGAAUCAUCAACAACCUGAAGGAGAUGGAGAGUGAUAAGAUUUCUCCUGACAGAAGCAUCAACAUCUUCCACUGUCUGACUGAGUUGAACGACCACUCAGUUCAUCAGCAGAUGAAACAGUUCCUGACGUCAGAGAACAGAUCAGAGGAGAAACUCUCUGAGAUCCACUGCUCAGCUCUGGCCUACAUGCUGCAGAUGUCAGAGGAGGUUCUGGAUGAGUUGGACCUGAAGAAAUUUAACACAUCAGACCAGGGGCGACUGAGACUGAUCCCAGCUGUGAGGAACUGCAAAAAGGCUCGAUUCGGUGCUUGUGGACUCUCAGACACUCAAUGUGAAUUCGUGGCCUCAGCUCUGAAGUCAGACCCCUCACAUCUGAGAGAACUGGAUCUGAGUCUUAACUACCUGCAGGAUUCAGGAGUGAAGGAGCUGUGUUCUGGACUGGAGAGUCCAAACUGUCGACUGGAGACACUGAGGUUGAGGGGCUGCAGUCUGUCAGAGAUCAGCUGUUCUUCUCUGGCUUCAGCUCUGAGGUCAAACCCCUCUCAUCUGAGAGAACUGGAUCUGACUGACAACGACCUCAAGGACUCAGGAGUGAAGGAGCUGUGUGGUUUUCUACACAAUCCAAACUGUCGACUGGAGACUCUGAGGUUGUGGAGCUGCAGACUGUCAGAGAUCAGCUGUUCUUCUCUGGCUUCAGCUCUGAUGUCAAAUCACUCUCAUCUGAGAGAAAUGGAUGUGAGCAUCAACAGGCUGAAGGACUCAGGAGUGAAGGAGCUGUGUGUUUUUCUAAAGAGUCCAACUUGUCGACUGGAGACUCUGGGGUUGAUGUGCUGCAGUCUGUCAGAGAUCAGCUGUUCUUCUCUGGCUUCAGCUCUGAGGUCAAACCCCUUUCAUCUGAGAGAACUGGAUCUGAGACACAACGACCUGCAAGACUCAGGAGUUAAGGAGCUUCUUGAUCUAAAGAAGAGUCCAACCUGUCGACUGGAGACUCUGAGACUGAAGAUGAGUGGUUAUGAGGAGGAAGAGGACCCAGCAGAGUCUCCAGGGUUCAGCUGUGUGUCUCUGAAGACUGACCGGUCCAAAGAACUUCCUCCACUCCUCAGUAAUGAACCUGGACCCUCAAUCAGGACAUGUCUUCACAGGGAGAGGAAGAGGAGUCAUGUUUCUGAGGAGGAGCAGUCGUCCUGCUGUGCUUCGUGUCAGGACGUCCUGAAGGAUCUAGUCUCCACCAGCUGUGGACACUGGUUCUGCAGACAGUGCAUCACCUCAUACUGGGACCAGUUGGGUUCUUCAGGAGACUCCUCCUGUCCCCAGUGUGGACAAAGAUCCAGAACAGGAGCUGGAGGUCAGACAGACGAUCGUGGUUUGCAGGAGGUUUUAGAUGAACAUAAGCUCAGUCUGAGGAGAUCUGAACAUGUGACUGAAGGAGCUGAUGAAACAGGAAGUAGAACCCUCCCCAACAGGAUCUACACUGAGCUCUACAUACACACAGAGGGACAGAGUGAAGAGGUUAAUACUCAACAUGAGGUGAGGCAGCUUGAGACGGCUUCCAAGAUGAAGAUCCUCCAUGACACUCCCAUCAAGGUCCACGACAUAUUUAAAGCCUCCACUGACCAGCAGAGCAGCAUCAGAGUUGUCCUGACCUACGGCGUCGCUGGCGUUGGAAAAACCUUCUCGGUGCAGAAGUUCACUCUGGACUGGGCAGAGGGUUUAGAGAACCAGGAUGUGGGUCUGCUGGCUGUGCUUUCGUUCAGGGAGCUGAACCUGGUGAAGGACCAGCAGCACAGUCUUCUCACGCUGCUCCGUGUUUUCCAUCCAGCGUUAGAGAAGCUCACUGCAGAGACGCUCGCUGUCUGUAAACCUUUGUUCAUCUUUGACGGCCUGGAUGAAAGCAGACCUUCUCUGGACUUCAACCACAGUGAGCUUGUGUCUGAGGUCACACAGAGGUCAUCAGUCAACGUGCUGCUGACAAACCUCAUCCGGGGGAAUCUGCUUCCCUCUGCUCUCGUCUGGAUAACCUCCAGACCUGCGGCGGCCAAUCAGAUCCCUCCUGCAUGUGUUGACAGGGUCACAGAAGUACGAGGCUUCACUGAGGCCCAGAAGGAGGAGUACUUCAGGAGGAGAUUCAGUGAUGAAGAGCUGUGCAGCAGAAUCAUCUCACACAUCAAGACGUCCAGGAGCCUCCACAUCAUGUGUCAACUCCCAGUCUUCUGCUGGAUCAGUGCUACAGUUCUGGAGCACAUGUUGACCACAGACCAGAGAGGAGAGCUGCCCAAGACCCUGACUGACCUGUACUCCCACUUCCUGCUGGUUCAGACAAAGAGGAAGAACAACAAGUACGGUGAGGGACAUGAGACGACUCCACAGCAGCUGACGGAGGCUGACAGGGACGUUCUCCUGAAGCUGGGGAGGCUGGCACUUAAACAUCUGGAGGAAGGAAACAUCAUGUUCUACCAAGAAGACCUGGAGCAGUGUGGUCUUAAUGUCACAGAUGCCUCGGUGUACUCAGGAGUUUGGACUGAGAUCUUCAGAAGAGAGUGUGUGAUCUUCCAGAAAUCAGUCUACUGCUUUGUCCAUCUGAGCGUUCAGGAGUUUCUGGCUGCAGUCUACAUGUUCCACUGUUACACCGAGAGGAACACAGGAGAACUCAGCAACUUCUUGGGAACAUAUGGGGACACAGACAGUGCCUUCUCCCUGGAUGACCUCCUGAAGAGAACCAUGGAGAAAUCCCUCACCAGUACAAAUGGUCAUCUGGACCUGUUUGUUCGCUUCCUUCACGGCCUCAGUCUGGAGUCCAACCAGAGAGUCUUAAGAGGCCUGCUGGGUCGGACAGAGAACAAUCCAGAGAUCAUCCAGAGAAUCAUCAACAACCUGAAGGAGAUGAAGAGUGAUGACAUUUCUCCUGACAGAAGCAUCAACAUCUUCUACUGUCUGACUGAGAUGAACGACCACUCAGUUCAUCAGCAGAUGAAACAGUUCCUGACGUCAGAGAACAGAUCAAAGAAGAAACUCUCUGAGAUCCACUGCUCAGCUCUGGCCUACAUGCUGCAGAUGUCAGAGGAGGUUCUGGAUGAGUUGGACUUGAUGAAGUUCAACACAUCAGACCAGGGGCGACUGAGACUGAUCCCAGCUGUGAGGAACUGCAGGAAGGCUCGACUCCGUGGUUGUGGACUCUCAGAGACUCACUGUGAAGUCGUGGCCUCAGCUCUGAAGUCAGACCCCUCACAUCUGAGAGAACUGGAUCUGAGUCUAAACUACCUGCAGGAUUCAGGAGUGAAGCUGCUGUGUUCUGGACUGGAGAGUCCAAACUGUCGACUGGAGACUCUGAGGUUGAAUGGCUGCAGACUGUCAGAGAUCAGCUGUUCUUCUCUGGCUUCAGCUCUGAGAUCAAACCCCUCUCAUCUGAGAGACCUGGAUCUGAGAGAAAACAACCUGCAGGACUCAGGAGUGAAGGACCUGUGCGGUUUUCUACAGAAUCCAACCUGUCAACUGGAGACUCUGAGAUUGAGGAGCUGCAGACUGUCAGAGAUCAGCUGCUCUUCUCUGGCUUCAGCUCUGAGGUCAAACCCCUCUCAUCUGAGAGAACUGGAUCUGAGACUAAACAACCUGCAGGACUCAGGAGUGAAGGAGCUGCUUGAUCUACUGCAGAGUCCAACCUGUCGACUGGAGACUCUGAGGUGGAGGUGGUCUCACUUGAGAUGAGUGUGAAGAGGACAGUGUGUGUGGACGGAGGCUGAUCUGUGUCCUGAGGAUCCAGAGGCUGAAGCAGCAGCAGCUUGUGUGUAGAGCGGCUCUGACUGGGCCUUGUUGCUGGGAGGCAGAGUGGAGACAGAGCUCCAGAGGAAUCAGAGGAGGUUGUUGUAAUAUGUAGCUUGUGUUUAUCCACAUGAAGAAUGUGUUUAUUGAAAUGACACAACACAAGCAGAAUGUAUAACCCCUCUAUAAAGAGUCACAUAUAUGUGUUUAAGUUUCCUUUAUUCUGUUCCACCUUUGUCCCUCAGUCUGUCUCCAUGUGUGUAGAACCACAUUCUGUUUGUUUAUGAUCUUAAUGUUCCUGGAUUCACGUCACAAAUUGAUUUAGUUCAACACAAAGUUCAACACAAUCAAAUCACUUUGAGUUUUGUCUUUGACACAAAAGAUCAAAACUCUGGACUUAAAAAUGAGACGUUUUCAUUUCUGCAUCAGGUGCAGAGCGGUGGUGGCUUUUCUAUUUUUGACCCACAGGUGGCGCUGCAGUAUAACAGCAGCACAUCCCAGUCAAAGCCUUUAUAUUCAGUCUAUGAGUCAAACACAUGGAUCAUUUCCUCUGUGACAAACCAGAUGUAACGAGAAGAAAAACAUCUCAGAGAGAAAAGUUCUGUUUCAACUUGUCUCUGCUUUAAUGCUCAAUAAACAUCCUUCCACCGACUUCACUGGAA